AUGAAGAACGUCACGCUGCUCGUUGUCGCUAUUUGCGCCAGUCUCGCCUUCAUCAAGCCUGCAGCCGGCUCCGCCAUCCUCUAUCAAAAUGAAUUGACACCAGGAGACUCAGAUGAAGUUGGCGUGCAUGCCAUCAGGAGCGGACAACAUGAAUGUGCUCCAGGAAUUUGCUGCCCCCAAUACCUCACCUGCAUGUGGGGAUGGACUAAAUUCUACUGUUACUUCAAUACAGGAAAAUGGGAAACAGGAAGCAUUCCCCUGUUAGAUCUUGGAAACAUGCGGAAUACUGAUCUAUGGAAACCGAAUCUGGACCACUCUAAAACCAAUCUUACCUUCUUUAUCAGACUACUAAAAGUUAAGCAUAAGUUAUAUGAUGAUGCAAUUAAAAUAUAUGAGUUUACAGUACAUUUCCUUUCUUUAUUUUUUGUAAUGUUUGAAUGUAUGUAUGUAUAA